UCGGAGCCGAGGCCGAGGGCUCGAGAGGGAGGCGGGACUUCCGAUUUCCCCAAAGUUUUUAACCGGUUCGCGCGGGAGCCGGAAGUCGCGCUCUGGAGCGGGGUCCCGGACCGCGGACUCCGUCGCCGGCUUCCUAACUCUCAACCCCGGCGACGGAAAGGUGCAGUCAUGCAAGAAAGCAUCAGAUUUGCCUCAUCGGGGGAUGAUAUUAAAAUAUGGGACUCAUCCUCUAUGGCGGUGAUGGAACAGUUCAACCCCCAUUCAUCAUCCCUUGGAGUUAGCUCUCUGUGUUGGAGUAGCAAUAAUAACUUUUUGGUGACUGCAUCUGCCAGUGGUGAUAAAAUAGUCAUUUCCAGUUGCAAGUGUAAACCAGUUCCACUUUUAGAGCUGGCAGAAGGGCAAAAGCAGACAUGUAUAAACUUAAACUCUACGUCUAUGUAUCUGGUUAGCGGAGGCCUUGAUAACACUGUUAAUAUUUGGGAUUUAAAAUCAAAGAGACUUCAUCGAUCUCUUAAGGAUCAUAAAAAUGAAGUCACUUGUGUAACGUUUAAUUGGAAUGAUUGCUACAUUGCUUCUGGAUCUAUAAGUGGUGAAAUUAUUUUGCACAGCCUAACUACCAAUUUAUCCAGUACUCCCUUUGGUCAUGGUAAUGGCCAGUCUGUUCGUCAGUUGAAGUACUCCUUGUUUAAGAAAUCUCUCCUGGGCAGUGUGUCUGAUAAUGGAGUAGUAACUCUCUGGGAUGCAAAUAGUCAGAGUCCAUACCAUAACUUUGAAUGUAGCCACAAAGCUCCAGCCUCAGGAAUAUCUUUUUCUCCCGUCAAUGACAUGCUGCUUGUAACCAUAGGCCUGGAUAAAAGAAUCAUUCUCUAUGACACUGCAAGUAAGAUACAACUAAGAACUUUAGUGGCUGAGGCUCCCCUCACUGCAGUAGAUUUCAUGCCUGAUGGAGCCACAUUGGCAAUUGGAUCUUCCCGUGGGAAAAUAUAUCAGUAUGACUUAAGGAUGUUGAGUUCUCCAGUGAAGACCGUCCUUGCUCAUAAAACAUCUGUGCAGUGUAUAACAUUUCAGUGUUCUUCUGCCCUUUCUAAGUCAAGUUUAAAUAAAGGCUCUUCAAAUAAAUCUGCCUUGAACAAAAGAACGGGUAAAGUGAGCAGCACCCCAGCUCAGAAUCCUGGAAUUGUCAGAGAACCAGCUCCUCUAUCAGGUACUGCUGUUUUAUCUCAGCUCAUGACCACAGUUGAAGGCAAAGGAUCGGUGGCUGUUCAGGACAAAUCAGGCUUGCCUCGCAGCACAAAUCCAGAUGUCAUUCCCUCUAGAGAGACAGAAUGUGGGAAAAAUGCUGAUCUCUCCAGCUUAGAGGAUUCUGGAGGGAGAAGUAGUUUAGGGGACCUCUUCUCACCAGUGAGAGAUGAUGCUGCUGUCUACAAGGCAAGUGAGGACUCUGUUGCCAGAGGAGAUGGCCUAGACUUUCUCCCACAGUUAAAUGCGAUGUUUCCAACAAGGAAACAACCGUCAAGUACAAACACGCCAGGAUCACAUCAUAGCUCUCUUCAUGUCUCAAUGGAAUUCCCACUUACAGAAGAGAAUGAAAGUCAAGAUACAGCAACUGAGAAUAAGAAGAUGCAGCUGGGAAAACAGGAAUCAAGGGAACCCUUAAAACAGCUUGCCAAGUUCAUCUCCUCUGGUGCUGAAUCUGGAAAUCUGAAUACCUCCCCAGCCUCUGAUGCAACGAGAAGUCCUGAGAAAACAGAAAGGCCAGAGAGAGAAAUUCAAGGCCAUUUGACACACGAAUCUCCAAUCAGUGGAGCUACCGUAGCUAACCCAAAGAUAACGUCCUCUGUUACUUCCGGAGUUGCCAAUUCACUUUCAGAAAAAAUAGCAGAUACCAUUGGAAACAACAUAUCAAACAUACCGCUGACAUCUGUUCAAAUCCAUUUUAUCCAGAACAUGAUACAGGACACACUGGAUGACUUUAGGGAAGCAUGUCAUCGUGACAUUGUAAAUUUGCAAGUGGAGAUGAUUAAACAGUUCCAUAUGCAAUUGAAUGAAAUGCACUCCUUGCUUGAAAGGUACUCAGUCAAUGAAAGUUUAGUAGCUGAAAUUGAGAGGCUGCGAGAAGAGAACAAAAAACUUCGGACCAAUUUUUAAAAGUUUUAUUUGGAAGCGCUGGUUUUGUCAUUUGGAAUGGCCUUGGCGGCACAGAAAUAUUGACUCAGUAUUGUUUUUGUGAUUUCCGAAGAGUUGUGAGUUGUUGUUUUUUUUUAAUACAAACUGUAGAUUAUAGAUCAGCACUACAUCUCAACUGACUGCUCUAAAAAAAUUGUAUUUUUGUGAUGAAAUUGUAAAAAAUGCCUUCUGCAUAAUAGGAAAGUCCAUAGGAUGUUUAUUAUACUGAAACUUCAGUUGUAUACACUAAGUGCCUCUUUUCAUAAGAAAAAGAAAUUUGCAUAAAAUUAUAUUUUAUGUAGGUUUUUCACAGAUCUAUUUUUGAUUAACACAUUGCCCUCCAAUUUUUUUUGUCAGCUCAAAUUUGAAAUUUUGGGAUGUCCUGUUUUUCUGAAAGUCAUUUUAAUAUGACAGUUGGAAUUUUUAAGUAAUUAGCUAAUUAAAAUACAGGGUUGACUAGCAAUUAUUUCAUUAUUAUGACAGAGCUAAACAUGGCCAUAUUUAUUAUUCAUUCUGUAUGUUUUGAAAAACUAAAAUUUUGGGAUUGCAUAUUGAAACUAUUGUGUUUGUUGUAAGAGUAUUAUACUUUAAAAAUAACCUCUACUAUUGGUUUUUAUAGGUCAAGUUACUUUGGUAAGUGAGCUAUUUGAGAUUUUUAUAAAAAUACUUCAUUCCUUUCUUUCUUGACAUCACAUGAGUUAAUGUGCUGAAUUAUUUUGGGAAGGUUCAGUGAACAUGAUUAGACUUGUAAUCAGUGCAGACCUCAUGGUGAAUACUUAGAUGGCAUUUCAACAAGAAUUUAUUAAACACUGAACCCGGGGACUUCACUAGGCUGCAAGUGAUACAAAAACCAAAAAGAAACGACAGUCUUUGCCUGCCUGCCCUCGGGGAGUUUACAUUCUGCUGGAACAAUCCAAUUUGCCCUAAGUAGGAGGAGACAAACUGUGAAAAAUUCUCAAUAUAUUUUUGUACAAGAUAAAAUUUUAGUAAGACUAAGAACAGGUACCACAGUGUUUCUUCUGUAGAAAACACUGACUCUAUUAAAAAGUUUAGCAAAGUAUAGGUCUCGAAUUUCUCUAUAUCCGAAUGGCCAGUGAAUCUCACCCACACCCACACACACACCACACACACACACACACACACACACACACACACACACACACACACAACGGCACUUAAAGACCAUUCUUCCUUAAGUAGUUUCUGAAGGGCUAAGUGGUGACAAACAGCGUUAGAGGAAGUUAAAAGAAAAAUACAGUAUUACUCAAAACUGACCACUUGUCAGAUAGCUGCUGAAAGGUGUUUUAUGUUACUAUCAAAUAAGUUUUAGAAGUACCUCAAAACCAUUUCAUUAAAUGCCCAAAUGAUUCAGGUUUUCAUUAAUACAUAAUAAGUUACAUUUGAAGUAUAAUGAAAAGUACAAAUUAUAAAAUUAUAACAUUGGUAUUUAGAAAAACUCCAAUAACUAAAAUGAAAUCAUACCUAUAAUGAAUAUACAAAUUUGCAGUAAAAUUUCCUAUAUUUUGUUCCAAAUAUAAAAGGGUUUGUAUUUUUUAAAUUAUUAUUUCUGUAUCAUUUUGUGGCAAUUCAUAUUUGUGUGUGUGGAUUUUUUGUUUUACUGGCUUUGCAGCAGAAAUCUUUGGCAGUUUUCAAUGCCAAAUAAAUGCAGAAACUUUAACAUAGUUACAGGUGUAUUUCUAGCCGCUCAAGGUACAAUUUCAUCAGUGUAAAUAAGAUUUGUAAUUGCAUUGUCUUAGCUCUUUGCUCCAAAGAUUAUGAACUAUAUACCUGAUUUGCAGUUCUCCUUUCGACUUUUUUAACUGAGUUGAAAAUGAUAGUCACUCAAAAAAAUAACAUGGACAUAGCUAAUGAGCAAUAGUUUAACAAUAUGACAGGUGAAUUUUAAAUGACAAGUAUUUAAUAAGUGUAAAUUGUACUAAUAACUACUUUAUAAAUAAAAAUAAGGAAUAGAGCAUU